AUGCUAGGGGUGUUUGCCCUCCCCAGGUACAGCCUGUAUGCCCACACGCGGCUGGGCUACCUCUUCUACCAGCGGCAGGUGAAGAAGGCCCGGGAGCGGUACCCACAGGGCCAUUCUGCAUCCCAGCCCUGCCACUUCCCUGGAGUGAAAAUCCUGCCCAUUCCUGUGCUCUCCAACAACUACAGCUACCUGGUCAUUGACACUGGCUCUCGCCGGGCGGCUGUCAUCGACCCCUCCGACCCACUGGCUGUGCAGGCUGCUAUUGAAGAAGAGGAGGUAAUACUGGAAGCCAUAUUCUGCACCCACAAACACUGGGACCACAGUGGGGGGAAUGCUGUGCUCCAUCAGCGGCACAACUCCUGCAAGGUGUAUGGCAGCGCCCUUGAUGCCAUCCCAGAGCUCACCAGCCCGCUUGUGGACAGGGAGAAGGUGAGCGUGGGCUGCCUGACCUUCGAAGCUCUUGCCACUCCUGGCCACACUGUGGGCCAUAUGGUGUAUGUGCUGGAUGGGGGGCCCUUUGGUGCUCCCCCCUGCCUCUUCUCUGGGGACCUCCUCUUCCUCGCUGGCUGUGGCAGACUGUUUGAAGGCUCCCCUGAGACUAUGCUCGCUUCCCUGGAUGUGGCUGUGGGCUUGGGUGAGGAUACACUACUGUGGCCAGGCCAUGAGUAUGCUCUGGAGUGCCUGACCUUUGCCAGCCUCCUGGAGCUGGACAACCCUGCACUGGAGCAGAAGCUGCAAUGGGUGACACAGCAGCGCCAGGAGAAGAGGAGCACGUGCCCGUCCACACUGGGAGAGGAGCAGACCUACAACCCCUUCCUGCGGACCCACCGUCCGGAGCUGCAGGCAGCGCUGGGACUGCGCCAGGGUGCAGGGGAGCAGCACAAUGCCUUCCGUGCCCGUGUCCUCAAGGAGGUGCGACAGCGCAAGGAUCUCUACAAAGCCACCUAGGACCCCGCUCCCCAGCCCUGUCCUUUCCAUGGGGAUGGGUGCUGCUCAGGCAUGGGAGGCCCAAGGCUGUGGUCUAUUUUCCUGAGUUGUAGGGUUGAAGGGGGAAGAGCAGACACACCCCUUGCCUUUGUUACCCCAGACUUUGGGGGUCACCAGCUGUGAUGUUGAAGCACCUUGAUCCUCUUUUGGGGGGUCCAUAGGACCUACCCCACUGCUGGGUCUGUAAGGAUGGCACCAAGAUC